GCACGAACGAGCAUGGAUAGCCGCCUGGGGAACCUGGAUCAAGCGCUCGGCGCCGUGGAAGAGUACUUGAACGUGCUUACGACCAAGCCAAUAGAUGAACUUACGGCGGAGCUCGCUCCCAUUGACAAGGCCAAGGUGCAAGUUGGUCUAGGUAGGGACUCGCACCAACAACCACGAUAUCUCAAUGGAGUGAUGCGCUGACGGCUCGUUGUCAUGAAUGGAUUCAGCUUACUCGAUCAAUGCACUGCUAUAUGUGUUGCUGAAAGUCCAAGGCGUGUCGUCGAAGGACGGCCGACAGACACAGGUGAAGCAGGAGCUCGAUCGCGUGAAGGGUUAUGUGCAGAAAAUCAAGUACUCGGAGGAAAUGGCCAAGGGACGGAAAACGCGUGUCGACGCCGAAGCUGCCGGCCGGUUCAUCAACCACGCGCUGUCAUCGGACCAAGUGUACGCCGAGGCAGUUGCCGAGCGGACAGUGGCCACUGAAUCACAGCCCAGCGACGAAAAGAAGGCGUCCAAGAAACACAAGGCGCCGACAGCGACCUCGGAGACGAAAGCGACGCCGCCCAAGAAGCGCUCGAGGAAAUAAGAAAUCUGCUCGCAAUGCGUACUUUAACUAUCUCCUACCAAUCGCAUGCUUUGUCACCGGUAGUUGUACAAGCACUUGAUGUCCUGCGGAAGCACGAGUUGGCGACACAGCGGGCAUUCUGGUUUGUUUUGGCACCAUCCAACGAUGCACUCCCAGCAAAAGAGGUGCCCGCAAGGAGUCACGGAG